AUGUCUAACCAAGGAGAUGACUGCUACUUCUAUUUCUAUUCCACUUGUAACAAGGGAGACAGCUGUUCCUUCCGCCACUGUGAAGCUGCUCUGGGGAAUGAAACAGUCUGCACGCUCUGGCAGGAGGGUCGCUGUUUCAGGAAUAUCUGCAGAUUCAGACACAUGGAAAUCGAUAAAAAACGCAGUGAGAUUCCUUGCUACUGGGAGAAUCAGCCAGUAGGUUGUCAAAAAUCCAACUGUGCUUUUCAUCACACAAAAGGACGUUAUGUUGAUGGGCUUUUCUUACCGCCAAGCAAAACUACGCUUCCAAGUCCACCUGAGUCUGCAGAAGACGAUGUGAAAAUGGCUCAGAUGUCACUGCAGCAAAACAAACUUUCUGUCCAGUCAAAUCCCUCUCCACAGCUGAGGGGGGUGAUGAAAGUGGAAAAUUCUGAAAACGUCCCAAGUCCUACACAUCCUCCGGUUGUAAUCAAUGCUGCAGAUGAUGAUGAAGACGACGAUGACCAACUUUCUGAAGAAGGAGAUGAAACUAAAGCACCUGUCCAGCAACCAACUACAGAAGCCCAUAAUGGAUUGCGGAUGAUUUCCACUAGGAAAUCCAAUGCUAAUACAAAACAAGAUGACAAUUUAAAUUUUGGAAUAAAAACACUUGAAGAAAUCAAAUUGAAGAAACUAAAGGAAAAAACAAAAAAACAAGAAGGUCCUUCAGGAGUUUCUGUUCAUCCACUCCAAUCUCGGACUAUUCCUGUACCAGAAAAGGAAAAUGUACGGACAGUAGUGAGAACUGUGACUCUGUCUACAAAGCAAGGGGAGGAGCCUGUGAUUCAACUGAAUCUUGCCGAGAGACUGGGAAAACGGAAAACCUCCACAGCUGGUAAAAGUGUCAUUCCACUAAAGCGCGACCUUGCUGAAAGACUGGGGAAGAAAAUAGAGAUUCUGGAGAAUGCUGACAAAGCACCAAAGAGAGUUCAAGUCCCCAAGUCUCUGAAGGAGAGGUUAGGAUUGCCCUCUGAACAGACCAGUACAGAGACAGAGAAGGCUGCUAAGCCAGCAGGAGAGAUCCAUGUGAAAACACUGGAGGAAAUUCGUCUUGAGAGAGCUAAUCAGAGACGAGGAGAACCUCAAGCAAAACCCCAGGCUGAAGGACGUUGUAAAACAGAAGAUCCUAGCUUGGGGGCAAGACCUUCCUCUGCAGUUCGCAUCAAAACUUUCUCAGGAGCCCUGGCUGAAAAAAAACACAAGCGAUUGGAAGAAGAGAAGCAAAAAACAGAUGAGUUUCCUACCAAGACAAAAGUUGAAAGUGAGCCCAAGAAGCAGAGCAUACUUGCUCCAUCUGCACCCAGCAAAGUGCAGCUGGCAGAGCCAGCAGGUAAAGCCAAGCCAGCAGGCGAAGUGCGUAUUAAAACCUUGGAAGAAAUCAAGCAGGAGAAAGCUCUGCGGAUGCAACAGAGUGGAGAAAAUGUGCCAGCUCCACCAGCGCAGCCUGAACCUGCCCCAACGGGGAGGAGAUUGUUACGGAUCACAAAGCUGAUAGCACCUGGAAGAGAAGAAAAGAAGGUAGUGGAAUUGAGCAAGCCUUCUCCCAAAGCUGUGUCUGCACCUGCAGAGCCCUCUGAUCAGAGUGCAACUAAUUCUAAAGUUCAAGUGAAGAGCCUUGAAGAGAUAAUGAGGGAGAAGCGGCAACUGAGACAACGCCAAGAAGAGAAGCUUCAGAAAGAAGGAGCUGCUGUGCCAUCUCCUGUUGAAAAAGCAAUCAAGGAUAAAACUCCAACAUCAGGGAGUCCUGAAUCCACCGUGGUUUCAGGGUCAGCUUAUCAACUUGCAAAGAGGAUAUUGGUGAAAUCUCCGGAAGAUGGGGUUGAAAGCGCAGGAAAGGAUGCUGCUGUAUCACCAGGGAAACAGGCAGCUCAACUUGUGGAACGGAAAGCUAAAACCAAAUCAAAGGUGUGCCUGAAGCCUUUGGAUGGGGAAGCCACAAAGCAGACGCUGAAACGUAAGGCAGCUGAGAGUCAUCCUUCUGCUGUGGCGGCUGUGAAACCGUUGAGUACCACUGGUGGUGAUACAAAGGAGCCUUUGGCUAAAAAAGCAGCUGUGGCCGUUGUUCCUGCUUUGCCAGAGGAUAGCCUGGUCUCCAUACCAGGGAGAGAAAAACCCAAAACCAGUCCUGACGUGCAUAUUGGAAGCCAGGCAGACUCUGUGGCACAGUCAGAGGUCUCAAGUUCAACUGCAACUUCUUCACAAGUAGCAGUAAAGACACGCCGGCUGAGCUCCACAGGGGCUGGGAAAGCACCCUUAUCUGUAGAAGAUGACUUUGAGAAGCUUAUUUGGGAAAUCUCAGGAGGCAAACUGGAAGCAGAAAUUGACCUGGACCCAGGGAAGGAUGAGGACGAUCUCCUCCUGGAACUUUCAGAAAUGAUUGACAGCUGA